GCGGAGGAGCAGAGCCGGCGGCAGUGGCAGCGCCGAGAGCCCGGGCGGCCCCCGCCGCCUCCUCGCGAGCCAGCGAGCGAGCGCCGCGCGCCCAGGCCCGGCUCGCAUGCGAGUCACGUCCGCCCCCUCGGCGCGGCCGCCCCGAGACGCCGGCCCAGCCGAGUGAUGAGAACAGACGUCAAACUGCCUUAUGAAUAUUGAUGCGGAGGCUAGGCUGCUUUCGUAGAGAAGCAGAAGGAAGCAAGAUGGCUGCCCUUUAGGAUUUGUUAGAAAGGAGACCCGACUGCAACUGCUGGAUUGCUGCAAGGCUGAGGGACGAGAACGAGGCUGGCAACCAUUCAGCAGCACUCCCUCCCAAGAUUAUCUAUGUUCUCUUGCUCCUGUUGACACACCAUGCUUGAAAGCAGGAGAUGGGCACGUCAGUAGCCAACAGGACAUGAUCCAGGAGGAGCAGUGAGGGACAAAGCUGCUGAAUUCAUCCAAAGGGCAGCCUUGUGGAUGGCCCCGAAGCAAGCCUGAUGGAACAGGAUAGAACCAACCAUGUUGAGGGCAACAGACUAAGUCCAUUCCUGAUACCAUCACCUUCUCCCAUCUGCCAGACAGAAUCUCUGGCUAUCAAGCUCCAGAAUGGAAGCCCAAUAACUGAGACACCUCAUCCAGAAAUAAAUGGAGAUACCAAGUGGCAGUCUUUCAAACGCUAUUAUGGAAUACCCCAUAUGAAGGGUAGCCAGAGUAGUUGUGUGAGUCCAGACUUUAUUCAAGAAGGCAGAGGGUAUUCCAAGUGUUUCCAAAAUGGAAGUAUAAAACGCACAGUUAGUGAACCAUCUCUGUCUGGGCUCCAACAUAACAAGAGAUUAAAACUGGACCAAACAGCUAAUGGAGAAGGAAAUAACUUCGGGGAAAGCCAAGAAAGAAAUCCAGGCGAAAGCAGCAGCCAGCCAAGUGUCUCCGAUUUGAGUGAUAAGAGAGAAUCUGUGAGCUCUGCAGUCCAAGAAAAUGCAGUUAAAGAUUUCACCAGUUUACCAACACUUAACUGCAACGGAGCUGAAAAUCCAGAGCUUCAGAUUCAGAAUGAGCAGGAGGGGGAAAAUGCUAACUACCAUGAGAAAAACAUUGUAUUGCUUCUUAAAAACCAGGCAGUGCUAAUGUCUAAUGGUGCUACAGUUUCUGCCUCUUCCAUGGAAAACACACAUGGUGAACUUCUGGAAAAAACACUGUCUCAAUAUUAUCCAGAUUGUGUUUCCAUUGCAGUGCAGAAAACCACAUCUCACAUUAACGCCAUUACCAGUCAGGCUACUAAUGAGUUGUCCUGUGAGAUCACUCAUCCAUCGCAUACCUCAGGGCAGAUCAAUUCCCCACAGACCUCGAUCCCUGAGCUGCCCCCAGAGCCAGAUGCAAGGGUGACUGAGGCCUGUGGCACUGAUAAUGCCAGUAAACCAGUUGCAGUGCUAGAUACCUGUCUCUUCCCGAAACCGGAACACCAUCAACAAAAAUCAGUUUUUGAGAUAUGCCCAUCUCCUGCAGAAAACAGUAACAUCCAAGGAAACACAAAGCUCAUAGUUAAUGAAGAAUUCUGUUCAGGUUCCAGCAGCAAUUUACAAGCUCCUAGUGGCAGCUCUGAACAGUAUUUAAAGCAAAAUGAAAUGAAUGGUGCUUACUUCAAGCAAAGCUCAGUGUUCACUAAGGAUUCCUUUUCUACCACUACUACACCACCACCAUCACGACUGCUUCUUUCUCCCCCUCGUCUUUCUUCUCCUCUUCCUCAGCUUCCUUCAGAAAGAAAAAACACUCUGAAUGAUGAUGUUUUGGAAGAACACCAUCACUAUCCCAACCAAAGUAACAUAACCCUUUUAAGGGAAGUGAAAAUAGAAGGCCAACUUGAGGCAGCAACAUCUCAGAGUGCUAAUCCAUCUGUACACCUAUCCAACCCUUCCAUGAUGCUUCCAGAAGGGUCUCGGAAUAAUUGUGUUAAUAAGAAUGGCAUACGGACACCAGGGACUAUAACUGUUCCAAUGUGUUCAGAAAAAACAAGAAUGUCAGAACAUCUCAAACACAACCCACCAAAUUUUGGUAGCCGUGGAGAUUUACAGGACCACCGCCAACAGUUGAUGGGACACAAAGAGCAAGAGAUUGUGAAGGAUCAAGACAAGGAACAAAUGCGAGAUCAUGUGCUCCCAACACAGCACUAUCUGAAACCAGGAUGGAUUGAAUUGAAGGCUCCUCAUUUUCAUCAAGCAGAAUCUCAUCCAAAAUGUAAUGAGGCAUCACUGCGAUCAGUUCUUCAGUAUCAGUCCAACGCUUCUAAUCAAAUGACCUCCAAACAAUACACUGGAAAUUCCAAUAUGGGUGGAGUACUCCCCAGGCAAGUUUAUAUUCACAAAACAAUGCGGCCAGAGCAGAAGUCACAAAUGUACCAAGUUGAAAAGAGUCAAGGGCAGUCUCAAGGUUUGGCGGACCAACACCUCCAGUUCCCAAAACUCUCACACCAGGUGCAUGUUUCCAAGACAGACCCUUCACCUGAAGCUCACAUACAGGCACUGUGUGCCCCUAGAUUUCAUUUUCAACAGAGAGCAGAUCCCCAAACCGAAAAACUCAUAUCCCCAUUGUUAAAACAGCACUUAAAUCAACAGGCUUCAGACACUGAGCCAUUCUCAAACUCACAUCUUUUGCAACGUAAGCCUCAUAAACAGGCAGCACUAACACAGUCAUCCCAGAAUUCACAUUUCCCUCAAAACCAGCAGCAGCAAAAUUUACAAAUGAAGAAUAAAGAUCAAAUGCUUCAGACUUUUCCUCAUCCCCAAGGCAACAAUGAUCGGCAAAGAGAAGGAUCAUUUUUUGGCCAGAUUAAAGUGGAAGAAAGUUUUAGUAGUGAAAAUCAGUAUUCAAAAUCAAGUGAGUUCCAAACUCAUAAUAACCAAAUGAGACUGGAGCAAGUACAGAAUAUGAAUCGUAGAAACUCCCCUUAUGGUCAGAUCUUGAAAUCAAGUGCAAGCAGAGUACAGAUUUCCUGUUCAAAUGAUACACACCUAGUUCCUGAGAAUAAAGAACAAACUAUACAUUCUAAACUCUUUGCAGGAAACAAGACCCAAAACUUGCAUCAAAUGCAAUAUUUUCCAAAUAAUGUGACCCCAAAGCAAGAAGUUCUUCACAGGUGCUUUCAAGAACAAGAGCAGAAUCUUCAACAAGCUUCUGUUCUACAGGGAUAUAAAAGCAGAAACCAAGAUACAUCUGGACAAGCUGUACAACUAGCUCAGCAAAGGUACUUGAUGCAUAGCCAAGCAGAGGCAUUCCCUGUGCCUGAUCAGGGAGGAAGUCACAUUCAGACCCCUCUCCCAAAGGAAAUUCAAAAGCAUGCUGCUCUAAGGUGGCACCUCUUACACAAGCAAGAACAGCAGCAAACACAGCAACCGCAAACUGAAUCUUGCCACAGUCAGAUGCACAGGCCAAUUAAGAUUGAGCCUGGAUCCAAGCCCCAUGCUUGUAUGCGCCCCUCGUCUGUACCACAAGAAAACAAAAUGUGGAAAAAGAUAACAAAGCAAGAGAUUCCACCUCCAAGCUGUGAUAAUGUGCAGCAAAAGAGCAUCAUAGAGACCAUGGAGCAGCAUCUGAAGCAGUUUCAGGUCAAAUCACUAUUUGACCACAAGGCCCUUGCUCUCAAAUCACAGAAACAAGUAAAAGUGGAAAUGUCAGGGCCAGUCACAGUUUUAACUACACAAAUCACUGGUGUAGAACUCAAUAACCACGCCCCAGCUUUAGAGCAUCAAGCAGCUACUUCAGAAAAGACACCAACCAAAAGAACAGCUGGUUCUGUUCUCAAUAAUUUUUUAGAGUCACCUUCCAAAUUACUAGAUACUCCUAUAAAAAAUUUAUUGGAUACACCUGUCAAGACUCAGUAUGAUUUCCCAUCAUGCAGAUGUGUAGAGCAAAUUAUUGAAAAAGAUGAAGGUCCUUUUUAUACCCAUCUAGGAGCAGGUCCUAAUGUGGCAACUAUUAGAGAAAUCAUGGAAGAAAGGUUUGGACAGAAGGGUAAAGCUAUUAGGAUUGAAAAAGUCAUCUAUACUGGUAAAGAAGGCAAAAGUUCUCAGGGAUGUCCUAUUGCUAAAUGGGUGAUUCGCAGACGCUGCACUGAGGAGAAGCUCCUGUGCUUGGUACGAGAGCGAGCCGGCCACACCUGUGAGGCUGCGGUGAUUGUGAUUCUCAUCCUGGUAUGGGAAGGGAUCCCACUAAUCCUGGCUGACAAACUCUACUCGGAGCUCACUGACACGCUGAGGAAAUACGGCACGCUCACUAAUCGCCGCUGUGCCCUGAACGAAGAGAGAACGUGUGCCUGUCAGGGGCUGGAUCCAGAGACCUGUGGUGCCUCCUUUUCUUUCGGUUGUUCGUGGAGCAUGUACUAUAAUGGAUGUAAGUUUGCCAGAAGCAAGGUCCCAAGAAAAUUUAAGCUGCUUGGGGAUGAUCCAAAAGAGGAAGAAAAACUCGAGUCUCAUUUGCAAAAUCUGUCCACUCUUAUUGCACCAAUGUACAAGAAACUUGCACCUGAUGCAUACAAUAAUCAGGUUGAAUAUGAACACAGAGCUCCAGAGUGUCGUCUGGGUCUAGAAGAAGGCCGUCCAUUCUCAGGCGUCACUGCGUGUUUGGAUUUCUGUGCUCAUGCCCAUAGAGACCUGCACAACAUGCAGAAUGGCAGCACACUGGUAUGCACACUUACAAGAGAAGACAAUCGAGAAAUUGGAGGAAAACCUGAGGAUGAGCAGCUCCACGUGUUGCCUUUGUACAAAAUCUCUGAUGUGGAUGAGUUUGGGAGUGUCGAAGCGCAGGAGGAGAAAAAGCGAAAGGGUGCCAUUCAGGUUCUGACGUCUUUUCGGCGGAAAGUCAGGAUGUUAGCAGAGCCGGUCAAGACCUGCCGACAAAGGAAACUAGAAGCCAAGAAAGCUGCAGCUGAAAAGCUUUCCUCUUUGGAGAACAGUUCAAGUAAGAAUGAAAAGGAAAAAUUGGCCUCAUCACGUACCAAACAGAUUGAAAAUAAUGCAAGCCAGGCAAAACAGUUAGCAGAACUUUUGAGGUUUUCUGGACCAGUCAUGCAGCAGUCCCAGCAGCUCCAACCUCAGCCACAGCAACUACAGAGGCAGCCCCAACAGCUCCAGCAACCUCCACCACCUCAGCAGCAACAGCAGCAGCCACAUCGCACCUUGCCUAAUAACCUUCAGGCAGAGUCUACAGCCUCUUACUCUUCUUCUGGAUCCACCAAUCCGUACAUGAGACGGCCCAAUCCGAUCAGUCCUUAUCCAAGCUCUUCACAUACUUCAGAUAUUUAUGGAGGUGCUAACCAUAUGAACCUGUAUUCCACAUCAGCUCAGGCUGCAGGUUCCUAUUUGAAUUCUUCUAAUCCCAUGAACUCCUACCCUGGGCUUUUAAAUCAGAAUAGUCAAUAUCCAUCAUAUCACUGCAAUGGAAAUGUGUCAGUGGACAACUGCUCUCCUUAUCUGGGUUCUUAUUCUCCCCAGUCUCAGCCCAUGGAUCUGUAUAGGUAUCCAAGCCAAGACCAUCUCUCUAAACUAAAUCUCCCGCCCAUCCACACACUUUACCAGCAGAGGUUUGGAAAUAGCCAGAGUUUUACAUCCAAGUACUUAGGUUAUGGAAACCAAAAUAUGCAGGGAGAUGCCUUCAGCAGUUGUACCAUUAGACCAAAUGUCCACCAUGUAGGGACAUUUCCUUCUUAUUCUACUCAUGAGAUGGAUGGCCAGUUCAUGGGAGCUGCCUCUAGAUUACCACCCAAUUUGAGCAAUCCAAGCAUAGACUAUAAAAAUGGUGAACAUCAUCCACCUGCUCACAUAGUCCAUAACUACAGCACAGCUGCAGGCAUGAUCAACAGCCCUCUCCACGCCUUGCAUCUCCAAAACAAGAAGAAUGACAUACUUUCCCACACAACUAAUGGGCUAUCUAAAAUGCUUCCAGGGCUUAACCAUGAUGGAAUUGCUUCUGUCCAAGGUGUACUACACAAAUUAAGUGAUGCUAACAAUCAGGAAAAGCAGCCUACGGCAAUAGUUCAGGGUGUGGCUUCUACUACAGAGGACAAUGAUGAGGUCUGGUCAGACAGUGAGCAGAGCUUUCUGGAUCCUGACAUUGGGGGAGUGGCUGUGGCUCCAACGCAUGGGUCACUUCUCAUUGAGUGUGCAAAGCGCGAGCUUCAUGCCACAACUCCCUUAUUAAAUCCCGAUAGGAAUCACCCCACCAGGAUCUCACUCGUCUUUUACCAGCACAAGAGCAUGAAUGAGCCAAAACAUGGCUUGGCUCUCUGGGAAGCCAAAAUGGCUGAAAAAGCCCGUGAGAAAGAGGAAGAGUGUGAAAAGUAUGGCCCAGACUAUGUGCCUCAGAGAUCUCAUGGCAAAAAAGUGAAACGAGAGCCCACUGAGCCACAUGAACCUGUCGAGCCCACCUACCUGCGUUUUAUCAAGUCCCUUGCCGGGAAGACCGCGUCUGUGACCACAGACUCCACAGUGACUACAUCUCCAUAUGCCUUCACUCGGGUCACAGGGCCUUACAACAGGUACAUAUGAUGUUCUUUUCUUGGUAACCUCAUUUGAACAGACCACCACCAACCUGUCAGUAGCAUAGCUCUUAUGAUGUGGGCAGUGGGGAAAGGUCACAGUAUUCAUGAUAGAUGCUGUGGGAAAAAUUUCUGCUCACCAGCAGAAAAGGAGGUUAUCUAUCUUACCAUAGCACUUAAUUUCCACUGAUUCCUCAAGUGGUCACAGAUGGCAUCCAAGAAAAAGACCAAAGCAUUCUAUGCAAAAAAGAAGGUGGGGAAGAAAUGUUCCACAAUUUACAUUUUCAAACACUGGUUCUAUUAUUGGAUGAGCUAAUAUGUAAAUGUGAUUUUUUUUCCCCUUAUGACUACAUAUCUGUGAUUACCUUUAGUAAUAUCAAGUUUGCGUAGUCAUGGAACACAAAUCAAAGAAGUACUGUAGUAUUACAGUUGCAGGAAUCUUAAUACCAUCUGGUGCUGAAUAUACUAUGUACUGAAAUACUGGAAUAUGGCUUUUUAACAUGCAGUUUUUACUGUAAUCGUAAUAUUAACUUAUUUAUCAAAAUAGCUUCAGAAAGCAUAAGUAAAUAGCAGCAAAACACUGAAUUUGUUUGGAUGUUCUACGAAAUGGUGCUAAGAAAAUGGUGUCUUUAAUAGUUGCAAAUUUAAUGCCUUUAUAUCAUCAAGAUGCUAUCAGUGUACUCCAGUGCCCUUGAAGAAGAGGGGUACCUUUUCAUUCAAGUUUUUAUCAUAAUUACCUGUUCUUACACAAACUUAGUUUUUAAAAUGUGGACAUUUUAAAGGCCUCUGGAUUUUGCUCAUCCAGUGAUGUCCUUGUAGGACAAUAAACGUAUAUAUGUACAUAUAUACACAUACAUUUGUAUAUGUGCACAUACAUGUAUAUGUAUAAAUAUUUUAAAUGUUGUUUUAGAAGCACUUUCUACCUAAGCUUUGGCGACUUGAACAAUGCUAAGGUACUGAGACGUUUAAAAAAAAGAAAAAGUUUACUUUCAUUUCAGGAUGAAAAGUUGAUUUUUUUUUUUUAAAGAAAAUAAGGAAAGCUUUUAAAACAUUUUUGCUUUUAGCCAUGCAUCUGCUGAUGAGGGAUGUGUUUAUUUUUAACACAGCCAGUUAAAUCCAAACUGAGGCUUCCUGGAUUCAAAGGAAUAUGUUAGUCCACAAAACACACAUCUUCUGGUGCUCAUCUCACAUGCUAUACUGUAAAACAGUUUUAUACAAAAUCAUAUGACAAGUUCAUUGCUCAAAUAUUACAGUUUUAAGAAUUUUCUGUUAGCUGCAGGUAAUUAGCCGCAUGCAACAGGCUCAGCAAAGCUUGCUCACUUAUGCCUAUUUUAUGGAUCUGUAUGCUUUUCAGAGAACUGACCAGCAGUCUGCCUUUGUGUUAUAAUUAUGUACAUUGUGAUGUUGUCAGUUCUGAGCUUAAGUGUCCUCCUUACCAGGAAGAUUGAGUGGACUGAUGCCUGCAGAAGAUGAAUAAACAGGGUUAGUUCAUGUGAAUCUGGUGGUUACAAAGAAAAAUAAAUAAAUAAAACAGGCAGCUGGUUUGCUGUGGUGGUUUUAAAUCAUUAAUUUGUAUAAAAAAGUGAAAGAGUUGUAUAGUAAAUUAAAUUGUAAACAAAACUUUUUUAAUGCAAUGCUUUAGUAUUUUAGUACUGUAAAAAUUUAAAUAUAUACAUAUGUAUGUGCUAUAUAUGAAUUGAAAGAGAAUUCACGUGAUGGUGCUAACUCAGCCAGCUAUGGAUAUAUCAUAAUGUGAGCUAAGAAUUCAUUAAAGGUUUGAGUGAUGUUUCUACUUGUCAUAUACCUCAACACUAGCUUGGCAAUAGGAUUUUGAACUGAGAGUGAAAGCUUAUAGCAUUGUGUGCCACCAUUUUUUCCAAGUCUUUUUUUUUAUUAUUAUUAUUAUUAAAAAAGCAUACCUUUUUUUUUUUCAAUACUUGAUUUCUUAACAAGUAUAACUUGAACUUCAACUUUUUGUUCUAAAAAUUCAGGGAUAUUUCAGCUCAAGUUCUCCUUAUGCCAACAUGUCACCUGUGUUUAUGUAAAAUUGUUGUAGGUUAAUAAGUACAUUCUUUUUUUUUUUCAGGGAUUUAACCCUUUUAUUUUGAAUCCCUCCUAUUUUACUUGUAUAUGUACUGAUGUAAGUAGCUAAAACUAAUUUUGUAAAUCUGUUGGCUCUUCAUUGUAAAGAAAAGCAUUUUAAAAGGUUUAGGACUCUUUUGACUGCUUCAAGAAAAAAAAAAUUACAUGAAAAUAGAAUGCACUGAGCUGAUAAAGGGAAAAGUGUGAGGCAGAAGUUUGACAAGUGGCUGUUGCCCAGAAGUCUUUUAACUCUGAAUAAAGCUUUUUUAAUACAGCAGUCAACACGGGUUCACAGUCCAUGAGGACUUCCUUAAGUAGACCUAACAUCUAGAGAUACAGAGUGCAAUCAGACUCAGCAAUUCCAUCUUAAUCUAAAUACAUAUUUGCUUACUAGCUUUUCAAAUGAAUUCUUAAUCCAUGGAGACUUUCGAUUUUAUUGGUCAAAUCUUCAUGAUUUUUGUUUUUUAAAUUUUUUUCUUUUUUUUUGCUGUGUCCAAUUUACAAGCAUUUUUAGAAUGUAUGCUUUGCAUACAAACCACAUGAUUUUAAUGUUUUACGUACCAUAAUAUCUAACCCAAAACAUUUGAUUACUUCAUGUGUAUUUGGUGAUUUUUGAGCCAGCCAUCCUUAAUGAAUAUUGGUUUCUGUGUCAUCCACUGUCAUUUGUCAAACUGCUUGCCAACAGGAACGGGAAUUGUGGUUUGGGGGACUGGGAAGGGGUUAGGUAGGAAGAGAGAAAAUUGAAUGGCAUAUUGUAAAUAUCAGAUCUAUAAUUGUAAAUAUCAGACCUGCCUCAGUUAGAAUGAAUAGAAAGCAGAUCUUAUAUAGGAAUAUCAGGUUGACUAUAUAGCCAUACUUGAAAAUGCUUCUGAGUGAUGUCAACUUACUUGAAUGAAUUUUCAUCUUGAUUGACGCACAGUGAUGUACAGUUCACUUCUAAAGCUAGUGGUUAACUUGUGUAGGAAAUUUUUGCAGUUUGACACUAAGAUAAUGAACUUCUGUGUGCAUUUUUCUAUGCUUUAUUUUUUUAACUUAGUUUCAUUUCAUUUUCAUGAGAUGUUUGGUUUGUUUAUAAAAUCUGAGGAUGGUUAUAAAUACUGUAAGUAUUGUAAUGUUAUGAAUGCAGGUUAUUUGAAAGCUGUUUAUUAUUAUAUCAUUCCUGAUAACGCUAUG